AUGUCCAUGUCCCUGCCUCGAGCAUUGAGCCCUCUGAGGCUUCUCCUCGUCUUCGUCACCCUCGUCUCUCUCUUCCUCUUUCGAUCCUACUACCUCCCCAGCCCCGGCCCGGACGCUGAAUAUGGCCUUUCCUCCUCCGCAUCCCUCCUCGAAAGCUCGAACUCCCACGCCCCCGCCACGGUCGAAGAUGUAGCCGAUCUCGAGCUCGAAGACAGUUACUACGCGCCCGACGACGAAGAUACCGACCUGGUCACGCAGCCGGCAGAAGAAGAAGAAGAAGAAGAAGAAGAAGAAGAAGAAGAAGAAGAAGAGCAUGCAUCCCCGGACACCGAAGCUGAACCCGAGUCUGACCCCGAGACUGAGCUUGACUCGGAUGCUGAAGCUGAGGUUGAGGCUGAUGUUGAAGCUGAAGCUGAAGCUGAACCCCCAUACGAUUUCGAAGACGAAUCCGAACCCGAGCCUGCACCCAAGUCCACGAGCUCUUCCAAACCUGUCCUCUCUCCAUCGACUCCUCUGUCAACCUCCGACCCUCACCUUCCACCGUGUCGCCAACUCCCGGGCGCAGACAAAGUCGUGGUGAUUGUCAAGACCGGGGCCACUGAAGUAUUCGCGCGUGUCCCUGAACAACUCGUAACACUGGCCCAAUGUGUGCCCAACUUCAUGGUCUUCUCCGACAUGGAGCAGCAGGUCGGAGAGUUCCGCAUCCAAGAUGCCCUAGAUGAGAUCGGACAAGAGUACAAGGAGAACCACGAUGACUUCCGGUUCUACAACGACGUCCACGCCGCCCAUGUCGCCCACGGUGAUGUGAGCGUGCUGGGCUCUGACAAGGCCUGGGCGCUGGAUAAAUGGAAAAACAUUCCCAUGCUGCACAAGGCGUACCUGAAAUAUCCUGAGGCAGAAUGGUUUGUUACCAUCGAUGCCGACACAUAUCUCAGCUGGGCGAAUCUCCUUCUCCUGCUUGACCGCAUGGACCCGGACGAGCCGCUCUACGCAGGUUGCGUUUACUGGCAUGGCCCGACGGCGUUUGCACAGGGCGGCACGGGCUAUCUUCUCUCCCGCAACGCGGUGCAGAAAUUCGAAGACAUCCGAACCCCUGAGAGGAUUGCCGACUGGGAGAAAGAGACGUCCACAAUCUGCUGCGGCGAUGUCAUGCUGGGGGUCGCCAUGGGCCACGCCGGAGUCAGCGUCAGCGGUGCCUGGCCGAUGUUCCAGGUGGACCCUCCAUCUGGAUUCACCUGGUCCGACUCCGUGUGGUGCACUCCGGCCAUCACCUGGCACCAUGUGCAUUCAUACGAGGUCGAAGCGCUCUGGCAGUUUGAGAAGGACUGGAUCAACAAGACUUGGGACGAUGAAGAUCCGGGCGGAGUCCCGUACUUGUACAAGGACGUCUUCGAAGAUUUCGUCCGCCCACACAUCACUGAAGAGAAGAAAGACUGGAACAACUUCGCCGGGGACAAGACCUUUACACAACCGAAAGAGGACCACGUGAAAGAAGACAACGACUGGGACUGGAAAAAUGACGAAGAGAAGCAAAAGAUGUGGGAUGAACUUUCCGAGCUCGAGCAGAAAUCUGUCGAAUCUAUCGAGAACUGCCGGGAGGUCUGCGAGAAAGACCUGCAAUGCAUGCAAUUUGCCUGGCAUCCCGGCACCUGCAAAUUGAACCAUUCCAUCAAAAUGGGCCGGCCGUCCGACCCCAAAGACGAGUACACCUCCGGGUGGAUGGUCCGCCGCGUCGAAAAGUUCACCGCAGCCAGAUCAGAGUGCGGCGACAUUUCCUGGAAAGUCGGCUGA